AACCUUUGGGGUUGCAAGGAAGCUACUAUUUCUAUAUACCUAAAAUUUGAAUUUUUUUUUUCCCACUGAAACGCACUCAAAUUUUCUCUUGGCAAACCGUUCAACUUCCCGGGAUAAAUUUCCCAAUCUAUGCCAUUUCCGAUCACUAUGGGGAAGAGAAGAAACGCCGGUAAAAAAUCUGACGGUGGCGCCGCCAGCAGCAUCAACGACGGUGGUGGCCGGAGCAGCAACAACAUUUUCUCAGUCUUUGAAUUUACUUCUGAUGAUUUGCUGGCGGAGGACAAAUCAGCCAAAAUAUGUACCAAAUUCGGAGCUAAAAGCCCUAGCAGCAAACCCGUACGCCGUCGUAAAUCCGUUGAUAAAUACGAUUUCCUUAAGUGCUUUGCACAAGGAACCAAAAGUAAACAAAAAGAUUUUGGGAAUGAUGAGUUGGAAGCUGCUGCUACUGUGUCUCAAGAUAAAACUUUUGGGACGGAUGUUGAAAUGUCACUUGGUUCCUUAGACUAUGAAUCGGUGUCUCUUUCUUCCCUAGAGUGUCAAAGUUCUGAAUGUACUUAUGGGGUAAAAUCCGGCCUAGGAAGAUGGAGGAAACCAGGAUGUCAUACAGCUGGCAAGAAGCAUACCCAAGUAUGGUAUCUAGACACUGAUGAUGAUGAAAGACUGGAAUUGGGUUCACUAGGUUCUUCUAUUAAGAUGGGAGAAAAUGAAGGUUCACUGAAGGGGCAAUCAUCAGAAAAUGGUGCCAACAGUAAUGAUUGUGAAGCAGUGGUGGUUGUUACUCCCUAUUAUGUUAAACAUGAGAAAAAUUAUUUUGGAAGAUGUUUCUUGACCUUUUCUCGUAGAUGCAUCAGAUUGGAAGGUUCACCAGUUUGUGAUAGAAAAAGUACUCUUUGUGUUGAAUGGCCAACCUCCGAUAUUUUAAAUAUUGAGCAUCAGCAAUGCGAAACUGAUAAAGCUGAAGUCAUCAACAUACACUUAAGAUACAAGGAAGCAAAUGCUGAUGAAACUGGCAAUUCAACUUUAGGUAGUGUGGAACUGGAGUUUGUCAUUCUCGAUGAUCCUCAGUGGUCUGAGAAACAAGAAGAAAUAAAAUCAUUGGAUUUGAAAUAUGAAACUUCUUGGAAAACCAGUGUAAUUGAGUGUUACCUUGAAGAGUCUUUUGAAGAAGUUGUGUACCCAGACGGGGAUCCUUACGCAGUCAUCAUAAGUAGAAGGGACAUUGAGCUAUUACAGCCUAGGACUUUCAUCAAUGAUACCAUCAUUGACUUCUAUAUUAGAUAUCUUCUAAAUAAAAUCAAAGUGGAGGAGCAGCACAGGUUCCACUUCUUCAACACAUUUUUCUUUCAGAAGCUUGUUCCUAUGGGACAAGAGUUAUCUAGAGGCUGUGGAGGAAGAGAUGCCUUUCAAAGUGUUCGUAAAUGGACAAGAAGUGUGAACCUUUUUGAAAAAGAUUACAUAUUCAUACCUGUAAACUUCAGCCUGCAUUGGAGUUUGAUUAUUAUCUGCCAUCCUGGAGAAGUGGCUAAUUUUGAAAGCAAAAAUGCGGAUCAGUCAUCUAAAGUACCUUGCAUUCUACACAUGGACUCGAUCAGAGGAAGCCACAGAGUGUUCGAGGGAGUUCUACACAUGGACAAACUAAUUAGAAGUUACUUGUGGGAAGAAUGGAAAGAGCGAGGGAAUGAACAGGACGAGGAAAUUGCAGUAAAGUUUUUGCAUUUAAACUUUGUUUCACUUCAGCUACCACAGCAGGAAAACUGGUUCGAUUGUGGCCUUUUCUUGCUUCACUAUGCAGAACUUUUCCUUGAGCUGGUUUCAAACUGCAGCACAGCUAAAUAUAUUGAAUUUCUUAAUGAGCAUUGGUUCCUUCCUGCUGAGGUUUCACUGAAAAAACGCUAUCAUAUUAGAAAACUGAUCCAUAAAUUAAUCCAAGAUAAUGCACAGAAGGAUCCUGCAGCUGCGAGAUCUGUACUAAAAAAUGGUGGGAGAGACGUGUGUCGUGGUAUCAAUUUGAACUCGGCAGAUGACUUGGAUAUUGCGGGGCUGCAGUGUUUUUCACCCAUUUUGGAGCAAAGAAACAUUGAAAAGUCGGCUCCCAAAGAAUGCUAUCAACCUCGUAAUCUGCAGGAAGCAUUCGCGGAGCAAACAACCGUUCUACCAAGAGACGUAGGAAGUAGUUUUGAAACGGAUGAGGUGAUGCCUCCACGUUGUCAGCUCAAUCGUUUCCUGGCCACAAAAACUUGUUCGAACGAGUCUGUAGGUGCAGUAGCUGUUGUACAGGAUACCGAGAGUGGAGACGAGACAUCUUCAAUGACGAGCAAGGAUCUUGCAGCUCGUGUGGUCGAGGAUUCCGAAGACGAAAUUGAGAUGGUAAGCAUCCGAAGGAGACAUGUUAUCCCAAACUGAAAGCAAGCAGAUGCUUUUGUUUUUUUGGAGAGGGAAUGUAAAUAUGUACAGGACAUGCAUUUAAAUAUGCUGGAGAUUUUGAAUUUCGUCGCAGUAAUAAACAUCGUUAAUAGGCAUUUACUUUUCAUGAUUGAUAAGAUA